AUGUCUGAGAUGCAGUACCUUGUAGUCAACUGGGCCAACCAGCAGACAAUCUGGAAAGGCCCCUGCCAGAAGGGUCCCGUUGGGACGGCGGCUGCCAAGGCCCCGCAGGCGCUGACAGCCGCGCAGCGGAACUGCCUGCUGCCCGUGGACGACGGCCCGUGCCGGGCGCUGCUGCCGCGCUGGUACUACGACCGCUACACGCAGACCUGCGAGCCCUUCUCCUACGGGGGCUGCCAGGGCAACGCCAACAACUUCGAGAGCUCGGAGGACUGCGAGAAGAGCUGCUGGUUCAUCCGGAAAGUGCCCAAAAUAUGCCGGAUGGAGGCUGACCCAGGACCAUGUCGAAGUUAUCUAUCAAGAUAUGCCUUCAACCUAAGUUCAAUGAUGUGCGAGCCAUUUAUCUAUGGUGGAUGCUAUGGAAAUGACAACAACUUCAGAAAGUACGAUUCUUGUAUGGAGACAUGUGCACCUCAAAAAACUGGCCCCUCACUGUGCUACAGCCCAAAGGAUGAAGGACUGUGUUCAGCUUCUAUAACUCGCUACUACUACAACUCAAAGAGUAAACUGUGUGAGGAGUUCAGCUACACUGGCUGUGGUGGAAAUUCCAAUAACUUUGUUAGCAAGACUGAUUGUUAUAAAGUCUGUAGGAAAGCAGGGAAUAAAAAACCAAGAAUCAAGCCUAAAAGUAAAGUCAUGAGGAAAAUGAUGAGAAAACUACAGAAAAAUCCCUCGUGAAUCUAACCUAAACCUGAAAAAUCCCGAAUGCACUAUUUUGAUAUAAUUUUCCUCUUUUGUAAUAACAUGUACAGUUUUAUAUACCAAAAACUAGUUCUGUCUUUCAGAACUUUUUUUUUUUUUAACAUCAGAUACAGGUUUGUUUGGUUUUUUUAGACAACUGGCAAUGUGAAUUGGUUUGAGUAUGGUUUUUCUUCUGUUGUAUUGUAUCUGCAGUACUACUUUGCUAAAGACCAGAUAUUUACAUUUCCAUAAUUCUAUGGGAAAAUGUUACUACUGUGUUGGGAGAAUAGUCCAGAUGUUACAAAUCUAUAAGCUUUGAAAUAUCCAUGAUCUCUUUGUUCUGACUAAGGGGAGAACAAAGCAAGAUCCCUCCCCGUAAUGUGAAAUAUAUCUUUUUACUGAACUGAAAAAUAACUGAAUCAUCCAAGAUUGUCUUCAAACAGUUAUAGUACUAUUGCUGCACAUACUUUUGUUAUUCUCAUGUAAACUAGUCCUCCCUUAUAGGGAGCAGUACUGUUGAUGUUCCAGGCUUUGAUGCACUUUGGUAAUACUGAAGUUAAAAUAAACUGGUAUAUGACUUAUCCUGCAAAAAAUGGGAGUAGGGUCACUUUGACAUUUGUCUUUUUUUAAGAAAGCAAUUAAUAUUUAAAUGUUUGAAAUGAAAAUGUAGCGAUUGCGUUUUUGCCUGACAGCUGAUACUGCUGCAAAAUUAUGGUCCAGAUCUUCAGGUGGCAUAACUUACAAUAUUUCCAUAGUAAUUGAAAGAGCUAUAUUAAUUUACACCAGCUGACGAUCUAGAUUUUCAUGUUUACAGAGGAGACUAUUAAAGCCUCUAAAUGUGGUAGUUUCAGCAAGGUCUCCUGUAAUCCCUGUCCUUAAUCACGACUGUAAUCUUUACAUAAAAUUGUGCCUUGGGCCAUUUAAUUGUUUUGUUUUGUUUUUUUAAGUGUCAUGCACUUAGCUCAUGUAAAUUCAUAUGAACACUAAUAAAAUGUUUUUGAAAAUGA